UAAAAUCGGAGAUGGUCGAGCUCGGGGAUAUUUCGGAAAUUGGACCGUUUGGCGUGGAAUGACCCAAUACCAAAAAAUCCUUGUUAUGGAUCCUUCGGCAAGGUUAAAAAUUCUGACAAAUAAAGCUAACGAUUUCCCUUUCGAUAUAAAGAUACCAGUAAUUCGUUAUGCUCGUUCUUUAAAAGAGCUAGAGAGAAUGGCAAUUAUUUAUGCUCAAGAAAGUCAAGUGGAAAAUGCAUUCAUUUUAUAUAUGAAACUUAUUACUCUUUCUGUGGAAAAGUUACCAAAACAUCCUCAAUUCUCUGCUUUAGAUACAGAGCAAAGGAGCAUUAUUAAAAAGAGAUGUGCAUUAGCAAUAACAAUAGCUGAAGAUUUAAAAAAAGAAAUCAAGCAGUUAUAUGAGGAAGAGUAUCGACAAUGGAUUGAGGACAAACAAGAUGAAGUGAAAUCUGUAUCUCAGAAAAUUACUUAUGUAGCUUCGCAAGAUAAUAAUAAUUUACAUUCUUCUGAAUCUCUAAGUCCAGACUUUUUUGCAAGUAAAAGUUCAAGCCAUACUCCUAGUCAAAACCAAAAACCUUCAAGUCAAAGUCAAGAACUUAUUCCAAGUCAAAAUCAAGAUGAUAAUAAAAUCUCACUUCCUUCUUAUUCAACUAUUUCCCUUGACCAACCUUCGGUGUCAGUUUGUUCAACCACUUCUCAUGUUUACCCUACAGCUCCACCUUUUAAAGACUUUGUUGAUGAUGCACUACUUUUAGAUGACUUCAAAAACACUCAAUAUAAGCACUCAGACACUUUUCAACCAAAUGUAAAUAGAUCCACUAAACCAUUGAGUAUGAUUAACGACUUGAAAAAUAAUUAUGAAGAAACACACUCAUCUUUGAAUGGCAAGCGCUUUAUUAUUUUACCUGCAGAUUUGACAGACAAGUUUUUACUUUUAGCUGCCUCUAAUACAAAAAGAAAUAUCGAAACAUGUGGAAUUUUAUGUGGUAGAAUGGUUCAAAGCCAAUUUAGGGUCACACAUUUAAUAAUUCCUAAACAACAUGGCACCUCCGAUUCUUGUACCACAGAGAAAGAAGAAGAAAUGUUUGAUGUUCAAGAUAAAUACGAUCUUAUAACAGUAGGAUGGAUUCAUACGCAUCCUUCUCAAACGUGUUUUUUAUCCAGUGUUGAUUUACAUACACAAUGCUCCUACCAACAACUACUACCUGAGGCAAUUGCUGUGGUUUGUUCGCCAAAAUAUAACAAUUUCGGAGUUUAUCGCUUAACCAUGCACGGAUUAAAACUCAUAACUAAUUGUACUCAAAACGGAUUCCAUCCACACAACAAAGAUCCUCCACUUUUUGAGGAGUCUUCUGGAAUAAACAUUCAGGAUUCUUACGGAAUUACCAUUGUUGAUUUACGUUAAAUCAAGAUUGAUUAUGGUAAAUCAAAUCUUCAAAAUCGAAAUAAAUUGUACAUAGUAAAUCUUAAAAUUAGAUAUUAAAUUUGAUAAUAGUAUGAAAAUUUAAAUUAAUAAACGUUUAAAAUCGUUU